AUGAUCAACAAUUCCGAUGGUUGCGGCGAUGCGCAUGCCUAUCCGAAUGGCUCUGAACUUCAACGACUCGCUCAUAAUUGUUCGCAGCAAGAUUUCUCCACUUAUUUCGAUGGUUGUUCAAAAGUAUGCGUCAAGGGCAAGUACCCGAUGCCGUUGACGCUAUAUGAAGAUCUAGAAAGUGUAGUUUAUGGGCAGAUUUUUCCGGUUCUCGUAUUGUUAGCAUGUUUUGCAAAUGCUGCAGUUGCUCUGGUAUUGUCGAAAAAACAUAUGAUCACUCCAACCAACGUUGUUCUGAAGUACAUGGCUAUUGCCGAGUUGCUAGUGGGGCUUGUUCCAUUGCCAUGGACUCUAUUUUUUUUUAGUUUGGGAAAUUUUAAGGAAAAGUACCGAUUAGAGCUAUGGUGGUGCUACCUUCAAAAAUAUAGUAUGGAUGCGUUUCCACCGGUAUUUCAUAAUAUUGCAAUGUGGUUGACAGUGUUGCUAGCAGCGCAGAGGUACGUCUCUAUCAGUCACCCGCUCCAUUCUCGAACAGCUUGCAAUGUGAAAAAUGUCCGACUUGCUACACUAUUCAUAACUGUCAUAUCUGUACUUUGUGGCCUCCCAAAAUCAUUGGACAGCGAAUAUGAAACAAUAAAUGGUUGGAUUCAUUCAGAAGGCAGCUGGGGAUAUGUCUCAAGCUGUUUGAUGAUACAUACAGGGUUUGUGAAUACAAUGGGGCCAAUGGUGUUUUACAAUCUUUAUUUCUGGACUCGCGCGAUUGGAUUUAUCAUUGUGCCGAGUUUCCUGUUAGUCUUAUUGAAUGGUCUUUUGAUAAGGGGUAUACGAAAAGCACAAAGAAGGAAAUUGAAAUUGUUGAGGGAAAAACGAGCGGAGGAAGCACAACGACAGAGGGAUAGUAAUUCCACUAGUUUGAUGUUGGUGGCAAUUGUAACAAUAUUUUUGAUUGUGAACUUGCCGCAAGCUAUUUACAUAGGUCUUCUCUGCGUCUGUGAGACGUUUUCCAUUAAGUCGCCAAUUUUUGAUGGUCCCUUCCCAACAGUGUUCCAACUUGCCAGUAACAUGAUUGUAAUGGCCACUUAUCCUAUCAACUUUGGAAUCUAUUGUUUUAUGUCCAGUAGUUUUCGACAAACGUUCAGCCUAAUUUUCUGCCCAGGAGCCAAUCAGCUGCAAUGUGAUCGAAGAAUAAUCGAGCCACCGAGUGCGGUACAUUCCAGUCGGAGAUCCGACAUUUGUUCACAUUUGGUCAAUGUUUGUACAAAUUCCGAUGGGUUCAUGCAAGUAUCUCACCAUUGUCUUCAUGCGGACUAUCUUACUUCGGAGCGGCAAUCCACUCAAUUUACGACAGCAGAUAAAAGUGAAGAAUAG